UUCACAUUUGGAUGCAGCUUUUUGCUUCUGGUCAACACUGUGGAGGAAAACUAAACUGGCAAUUUCUAGAAGAAAUUAACUCAGAUGGUCUGAGUGUCAAAAAGAAGACCUUUUGAAGAUGGACCCUGACAGUUCCAUCGCCAGGAUGGAGAGGACUCUCUGGACAGUUUGGUGUUACAUAACUGGAGCUGUGAACCGAUUCCUCAGGCCAGAGCCCGCUAACAUCGUCACCAGUGACCCUAACUCCUUCCAGGAAUCUGCAGGUAACAGUGAGCCUGCUGACAGUCGUCACACAGAGGGCGAUGCUAGCGGACAGGAAGUCGAUGAGGAACAAGCUCUUGCAACAGCCUCUCUGCUUAGUUCACCUCACCCAGUUGUUUCCUGGGAACUUUGCACCACAGAUAUCAGCUUAGGCCCUGAUGAAGACGGCACACAAUACAAACCCCAGCUGGGUGGAACCAGUGAGCGAGAAAUAUGUGAGGAAGGUGAGGGCACGAGAGAGGAAGAACAGUUCGGCCAGACAGGAGAGGAUGAUGCAGGGCUGGUCAUCACUAAGGAUGCAACAGCAAUAGAAGACAAAGAAAAGGAAAACAAAGAUCACAAAUUAUACACUCACCAACAAGGUGAGGAACCUGAUGAAGAACAUGUGAAGGUGAUGCCGCUAAUUCUUACAGAUCAUGCAAGUGAAGGCACGGAUGGAAGUGGAGGAAAGGCUGGUGCCAAGGAAGAAACUCAAGGGGAGGCAGAAAACAGUACUGUAAAAUUGUCUCCCAUCACAGUUUUGACUCUAGAAGAGGAGGAUAACAUGCACAUAGAAGAAGCAAGUGUGCAAUGGAAUAAGGUGGAUACAGUGAUGAUACAUGAAGAAGUAGAAAACUGUGAUGUUGUGUUACAGCUGGAAAACAAGAUUGAUGAGGCAGCAAAACCAGUUGAAAAUCAGGUCUCAGUCUGUGAAGAGUUGUCAGAUAAUGACCAAGAUGUCAAAGGAGACCCAGACUUUACUUUGCUGCAAUUACAAAUGGCCUCUGACAAAAAGGACAUUGUGUCAGAGGAUGAUGAAGAAGAGUAUGUGAUGGCUCAAAGAAGUGAAAGUGAUGAAGAUGAGGAUGAAAGAGAGGAGGAGGGAGAUGAGAGCACACUGGAUGAGAUGGAGCAGGGUGAGGACAAAAAUGUGUAUGAGGCUUCAAACAACCAGACAAUAGAUGAGGAGCCAGAGCAUGAAGAGCAGAUCAACACUGUCACAGAGGACAAUCAACAAGAAGACAUUCUAACUGAACAUAUUGUAUGCUGCCAAGCAGUUGUGCAGAAUGCUGAGACAGAGCUACACACAGCUGAAGAACAAGAGGAUGUGGCUAAGGCCACCAAAGUGCAAACCAGCACAAGACUGACAGAUUAUGUCAAAGAUACAGCGAUCAAUGAUAAUUCUUACUUAACAUCAGACAUUUCAGAAAAUGAAAGUUGUUUAAAUAAAGAUCCUGUGGUAGAUGAAAUGCUCUCACGGGAAGAAGACAAUAAAAGUUACAUGGAAAUAGCAUGUACAACCCCAUCUGUUACAGUAAAACCUGAAGGUGAGACUAGACAGGAAGUAAGUGCAGAGCUUAAAAAUAUUCCUUCAGGGAAAUGUGAAGGCCAGACUGUUGUAUCGCAGGAGCUAAAUUCUCCAACAUGUGAGGAAACACAAGAGGGAGUUCCUGAAUACAACAAUGAACUCAGGCCAGACAAAAAUACAACACAAAGGUUCCUGAAAAUAGGAGAUGGCGAGGAAAUCCAAAAGACGCAAUUACCAGAAGAGGUGGAGACCAUAGACCCAGAGAGCCUUCAAAACAGUGACUGUAGCACUGGAGCUGAGUACAAGGAACAAGAAGGCACUGAAGAUAUUAAUAAAGAACAAGUUGGAGUAUUGAUCUUUACAGAUACUGAACUGCCGCAAGAAAAAGACAAAACAUUUUUUGAACCCCUGACUCAAGAAUCGGGACUCUUGUUUGAAGAAGAGGGAGGAACAUUGCUAGUUUGCUCAAUGAAGACAGAGAUCGAACAUUCAGAGAAGGAAUUUGACACAUACACUGGCUUAGCAGGUGAGACGGUUAAGAGAAGCAAAGAGCUGCAGGAUGGGACUAAAGUUGAAUUUGGAAUAGAUGAAGGGUUAGGUGACUCUGAAGAUGCUGCUGGAGAAGGCCAUCUGACAACAGGAAGUGUAGCAGCAGAGGACACGGUCAGAUUCACUCAUGAAACUGUAACAUCCGUUGAAGCUGAAGUAGAGAAGAUGACAGAGACAAGCUUCUUUCAACAACCAAUAGAUGCCAUAAACUCAGACCAAAACAGCAACAUGUCCCCUAGUUCUCCAGAAGACUUAACUGAAUCUGGAUUCUUGAAACAGUCAACUGAGACUGAGCCAGGAGUACUUGAAGAUUGUACAGUAGACAUUCAAGAAGCUGUGUUAGAUAUGGAAGAAACAAGUUAUGGAGUUAAGGAGGCGGCAGAAGAUGAAAUGCAGAAUAAAAAUGAUAUAGAGAUUUUAAAUCAGCAGCUGGUGGAAAUUGUAGUUGAGCCAAUCAAAGAAUCAGACAAAAAUCCACUUACUUCUGAAUCUGAAUUAUCUUUACCAGUUGAAUCACUGGAGACAAGAAAUCAAAUAUUAGAUGAGGCAUUUGAGAUAAGCAAUGAGGAGAUGUUAAUAGGCACUGAAGCAGCUGAUAGGUUAAUGGCAGCUGAGUCCAAAUCAGAAGAUCUGACUGUGGUAUCAUCAGAUGAACUUGUGACAGACUCAGAGGGACGUUAUGCUGAAGAAACAAGUAGGUCAACCAGUGGACCUCACAAUGUGAUAGAUGAAGAAAUCCUUGACUUGUGGAUACAGACAGCAUUGUCAGAGAACACUGAUGGCAUGAAACAACAGGAUGAGCCUGAGCCUGGACAACAAACAAGCACCAAAAUAGAGCCAUCAAAUGAGGAACAGGCUGAAAUAUCAUCAGUGCAGACAGAGACGAAGACAGAGCAACUUGUGGAGUCAUAUUCAGGACAAUCUGGAUUAGUGAAUGACACGGAAAUGGCUUCUUCAACAGUGGAGUCUGGAUUUUUUGAUCAGAAUCUCUGUGAAUGGGGCAUACAAAACACUGAAACUCAGCUACUGAAAUCAACUAGCACUGAGUUAUUUCAGGGAAUGUAUGACAUGAGUGCUAGUGUGUCAGAAUCAGGAGACACUUCUGAAUUGUCCACACAACAAUUUAAGGCUGAGUCUCAGGAUAUGUUGAUGGAAGAAGCCACUGAAGCAGGACAGCCAAAUCUGAAAGAGGAGGAAUCAGUUAUUGAGACAGGUUCACACCCUGAUUCAGGAGAUUCAUCAGACGCUAGGUGUCAAAAUCAGGGAUCAGAUAAAUCACAAGAAAAGACAGAUGAACAAGUUGAAUCAGAGGAGACUCACACUGGAUCACAGGGAGAUGCUGAAGGAGCAGAUGCCGAGUCACCCACAAAAAUGAGCACACUUUUCAAAGUCGAAGAUGAAGAUGAGCUUCUAGAGAUAACUGUGGCCGAGUCUCUGGGCGAAGCAAAACACACAAAAUCCAGUCGAUCCACAAGCGGCUCAGAGGCUUCAUUGGAGAAAGGAAUCAUAUCAGCAGAAUGUGAAUCACAAAUUGGCACCUGGACUGAAUCUGACAAUCUGACAGAUAAACCACAGCCUGGAUGGUCAGAAGAUAUUGCUGAGCUUAAUAGGGUGGAGGUGGUAGAACAGAUGAUGGCAAAGUAUGAGGAUCAGCCUCAGGUGGACACCGCAGCACUGGACUUUACUGCUCAGAGGUCAAGAAUUUCUCUUAAAAACCCUCAUGUGAGGCCACCCAAAGAUCCUCGCGCCCUGCUACAUAUGCCCUCAGUGGAGCCCACACCGUCUUCACAUCUGCCAGUUAAAGUCGCUGUAGGUGUGCCCCUGGCAGGCUUGGGCAUUGGAAUAAAACUGCCUGGGUUUGGUGCAGGUUUCCCUGUUUUAAAAAAGACAGAACAUGUGAAAAGAGAAGAAAAUAGCCUAGAAACCGUCUCACAGCAGAAACCUGAGACAAAGACAGAGGACAAGAAUGAUACUCCCAAACAAGACGAGGCACAACCCAAACCUAAAUGGAUGCCACCGAGACAUCCAGGAUUCGGAAACCCACUUAUGUCUGAGUUGAAAACCAAACUGAAGAAAACCACAAAAGAGUGAGAACAUUGUAGUAAUGCUUUUUGUGAAUAUCUGAAUAUAAUACACAUGGCUUUAUUUUUUGUGUAUUUAUCAAACUGAAUACAGUGAAUAGAUGUGUAUCAUGUCAAUUAUUUGUUUUAUCUUUAAUUCUUGUAAUAAAGCUGCAGUGAAG